UGCACAAUUUCUCUCAUAGCUUCUCUUAAUUUCAUCAAGAGGUACACUCCCCUUUGCUAAUUAUUUCAGUUCUCAACGGGUAGUUCCUAGAUCUGAGGAUAUGAGUCCUCAAAACUUGGGCUACCUUGUUGGUAUUCAAGGCAUAGAUGAAAAGAUGGAGGAGGAACUGGUGCUGAUGCCAAAAAACCAAGAGGCGUUGCUGAAUCUCGAGGAGACAUGCAAAGCCAUUUCGAAUUCGAGACCAAUGCAAGAACAUGUCGGCCCUCCUGUAAGAAAGUCUCGCAGUGCAGAUUUUGGUGCAAGUAAAAUAGGAUAUGAUGAACAUGGUAUUGGUAUCAAAUUAAAGAGAGAGAAUAAUUUUAACAGAAAAGUGGAAUCAGCAAGAGGUAAUUUCAGUAGGAUGCGUGCAAGGAGUGCACAAUUCUCAGUUGAUAUCAAUGGACUAGUCCAUCACUGCUCUGGAAGCUUAAAGGAAAUUGAGCAUGUCAUUUGUAGGACUCCUAGUACUGACUUUGGCUUAUUGAAUCCGAUUGCUGGUCCUAUCUUUCCUUCACCCAACUUACUAGAGCUUUCAAGAAAGAACCCUUAUAAAGAUGAGGCAGUGGAUGAGUCACCUAUCUCUUACAAGAAAGGGUUGGUUCCUGAAAUCUGGGAACAAAUGCAGAUGGAGCCCACUUUGCCCAUAUACCUCAAGUUUUCAGAUGUCAGUUACCAGAUAUUGGUGAAGGUUGGAAAGUCCCCAUCCGCCACAAAAUACAUUCUCAAAGGGGUCACUGGCUCCGUUUUCCCAGGCGAGGUACUGGCUCUCAUGGGACCAUCAGGAGGUGGUAAAACAACUUUGCUGAACCUGCUCAGUGGUAGGGUUAAUAUUAAGGGCCAUGGUGGUAUCAUCACUUACAAUGACCAACCAUACUCCAAAUGGCUCAAAAAAAGGAUUGGUUUUGUGCUGCAAGAUGAUGUCGUGUUUCCGCACCUAACAGUGAGAGAAACCUUAACAUAUGCUGCUCUUCUCCGUCUUCCAAAGACAUUAACAAAACAGCAGAAGGAAGAGAGGGCUAUGAAUGUCAUAUCUGAACUUGGACUAGAAAGUUGCCAAGAUAUGAUAAUAGGGGGACCUUUGGUGAGAGGAAUUUCUGGUGGUGAGAGGAAAAGAGUCUGUAUUGGAAAUGAAAUCCUACUUGAUCCUUCACUUAUUUUCCUAGAUGAACCAACAUCUGGUCUUGAUUCCACAACAGCUCUCCGAAUUACUCAGAUGCUACACAAAAUGGCUCAUGCUGGAAAGACAGUGGUUACUACAAUACACCAACCAUCAAGCAGACUGUUCAAUAAGUUUGACAAGCUAAUUCUCUUAGGCAAAGGCAGUUCCUUCUAUUUUGGAAAAGCAUCAGAAGCAAUGCUGUACUUUUCCUCAAUUGGUUGCUCACCCCUCAUAGCGAUGAACCCGGCAGAGUUUCUUAUUGAUCUAGCCAAUGGUAACAUGAAUGACAAAUCAAUACCAUCAGAGUUAAAGGAUACGUUUUUACAUGGAAGUCAAGAAUUCAAACACCAAGAACAAAGACCAUCUCCUGUGGACAUCCAUGAAUAUUUAUUGGAUUCCUAUGAAACCAGAGUUGCACAGAUAGAGAAGCAGAAGCUUCUAAGACCAGUGCCAAUUGACACUAUAAGGGACAUGCAAGUAGGUUCGAGCUUGAAAAAUUCCGGAGCAACUUGGUGGCAGCAGUACUACAUCCUCUUCUGGAGAGGCUUGAAACAGAGGUGCCAUGAUUACUUAUGCUGGAUUCGAGUAACCCAAGUCUUAGCAACUGCAGUAAUAGUUGGACUGCUAUGGUGGCGGCCUGAUGCUUCGACUCCAAAGAAGAUUCAAGAUCAGGCAGGAGUGCUGUUCUUCAUUUCUGUAUUUUGGGGCUUUUUUCCAGUAUUCACAGCGAUCUUUACAUUUUCCCAAGAACGAGCACUGCUUGUCAAAGAGAUGUCUGUAAACAUGUACAAGCUCAGCGCAUACUUCAUGGCUAGAAACAUGAGUGAUCUACCACUGGAUCUCAUCUUGCCUAUAAUGUUCUUGCUGAUUGUCUACUUCAUGGUGGGCUUGAAACCUGACUUCACGGUGUUUUUACUAAGUAUGCUGACAAUAGUUCUAAGCAUUAUAGCUGCUCAGGGCUUGGGACUAGCAAUUGGUGCAGCACUUAUGGAUGUAAAGAAAGCAACAACACUAGCUUCUGUGAUCAUUAUGACAUUCAUGUUAGCUGGUGGGUUUUUUGUGCAGAGGGUUCCAUUCUUCAUGUCAUGGAUUCGCUACCUGUCUUUUAACUACCAUACAUAUAGAUUGCUUCUCAAGAUUCAGUAUAGUUGCUCUAGUCUUGACAAUUCUGGAAAUAGUCCCUGCAACUCGACUUUUAUUAAAGGACUUCGACUGCAUAAUGGAGGAAUGGAAGCAGGAGCCAUGAUAGCUAUGAUCUUUGGAUAUCGACUAUUGGCUUAUAUUUUCCUCAAGAAGAUGAGGCUUAGAAGUGCAUCUUGCCUCUGAACAUCAUGGAACAAGAUGGCGUCUAUUGGAUUCAUUUGAAUCAGGAGGAACCCCAAGCAGUUGUCACUUUGAUGGGCAAGAUUAGUACAAAUAUUUGAUCUACUUUGAUGUGAGAAGUAGACAAAGUUUAGAAGAAAGGAUGCCCUGCUGGUUUAUGUAAGAUGAUGUCAAGACCAAUUCCAUGUAUGAAAGGUUGUAAUUCCUAAUGUUAUUCAUCUGUUAGGAUGGUUAUGUAGUAAAGAGAUGAUUUCUAAGGGUUACACCUAUGUUCUUUUCGUCUUUCGAGUCAUGAUAAAAUACUCAUCAUAUUUUAUUGCAAUUAAUAAGUCAAUUGCAACCGAUCA